UGGGGUGUCGGCUCUCGGCUGCUACCGCCACUCGUCCCACUCACUCCCACGGCAGGCGCGCUCCCCACCCCGCUCGUCACGAUGCGCUGCUUCCCCUUCGCCGCUGCGUUACUGCUCGUCCUCCUCCCACUUGCCGCCGCCGCCGCCGCCUCCGGCGGCAAGGCGGCCCCCGCCGCGGCGAAGGCGAAGGCGCCCGUGGCCCCCCCGGCGCCGCCCAACAUCACGGCGCUCAUGUCCAAGGGCGGGUGCGGGGCGUUCGCGUCGCUGGUGGAGGCGUCCCCCGACGCGCUGUCGACGUUCCGGUCGGCCGUGGAGGGCGGCGUGACGGCGUUCUGCCCCACCGACGCCGCCCUCCGGCCGUUCAUGCCGAGCUACCGGAACCUGAGCGCCGACGGGCGGGCGUCGCUGCUGCUGUUCCACGCGGUGCCCGUGUACUACACGCUGCGGGGGCUCAAGUCCAGCAACGGGCCCAUGAACACGCUCGCCACCGACGGCUCGUCCCGGAACUUCAACUUCACGGUGCAGAACGUGGGCGACCAGGUGAGCAUCCGCACGGAGGCCUCCGCCGCCGCCGCGCGGGUCCGGGGCACGGUCUACGACAGGGACCCCGUCGCCAUCUACGCCGUGGACGCGGUGCUGGAGCCCGUGGAGCUGUUCGACCCCGCCGAGGCCCCCGCGCCGGCGCCCGCCCCCGCCGCCGACGCGCCCAGGGCGUCCGGCAGGAGGGCGCGCCGCCCCCCGCGCCACGUGGCGGACGCGCCCGGCCCGGCGGCCGCCGAUGACGACGCGGCGCCCGCCGACCAGAGGAAGAACGCCAAGAAGAACGCGGCGCCCGGCGCCCCGCGCCCGCGGUGGCUCGCCGCCGUGGCCGUGGCCGCGGCCGCCGCCUUGGUUUAGGGGAUUAAGCAGAGCAGGUGAAUCCUCUUUCUCGAGGCGGACCGGAUCUGCUGGCGUUUGUGUGUCGGUGCGUGAGCGUGUGGCGUGACCCGUGGGAUUUGGUGCUUCUCUUUGGACGGAACCGCCAUGUUUUUUCCCCCCUUUGAGCUCUUCUUUCCCUUUACUCCAUUGCUGGUAGCUUGACGCCGACGAGCAGCAGCAGCUGUUGUGCAACAGGGCGCAGGUGGCAGGCAGCGCUGGAGCUGCUUCAUGAAUAAAUGAAUGACAAAUCGCUAAAAGUUCUCUC